AUUAUACAGUUACUUUAUGUGCAUAUAUGAUAUGGGUUUAUGUGGGUGGAAGUAGAUCACUAUGGAAUCCUGUUUUUUCCUGGUUGAGUGAGUUUAUAGUGCAUUUCAGGGAGAUGAGGUUUCAGGAUGGGCGGGGGGGUGAUGUCAGUAUGACUGUCCCAUCCCAAUAAGAGACAAGAUAGAAAGAGGCACACACAGUCUUAAAAUUAUGUAAGAAGAUUGGGAUGCCUCCUUCCCUGCGCUAUACACAAGGCAGAGUUUGAGAGACCAGUAAAACUGCAGUGCCUGAAAGAGCUGACAAUUGCCGACAGCAAUCUGCCCCUCCAGAUCAGCGAUGAAGAUUAGAGCUGCCCUACUGCUUGUCAGCAUCAUGAUAAUGGCCCAGAUCAUGUGGAGCAUUCAGACUCAAGGCCCUGCACGGUUACGCCUUGCUGUGCUUUCUGAGGAUCGACUGCAGAUGAAGUGGAAGGAAUCCGAGGGGCUCAGCAGUGGGUACAAGGUGCUGGUGAAACCUGUGACUGGAGACCCUGAACAAGAGGUGAUGCUGAAAACCAAAACCCCUAAGGUUACUGUGGGGGGCCUGGCACCAGAGAAGGAAUACAUCCUACAGAUUCACGUGAUUCAGGGAGGACAGGACAUUCUGCUAGCUAAGAGGCGCUUCAUUAUAGAAGAUUUAAAGACGCAGGUGAGGAGCAGCAAGAAGGCAAGUGAGGAGGAACCUGCUGUUUCUAGGCCCAAUGACACCGAGAACUCACCUACCCCUAAAGGGAGCUUUGGAGCUUCAGAUAGGGAAACCGAGAAGGAGCUGAUAGUGAUCCCAGCCAAAGGAUCCCAGAGCCAAGAUGGAAAGAGACCAAGCCUUGAAAAUUCAACCCUUCCACCCAGAAUAGCCCAGCGGAAUCAGUCCAAGGCUGAGAGGGAGAUGCUGGCUACCGCCAGCACCCCAAAGAGAGGCUGGGGGCAUCAGUACCACUGUGAUACAGUUUUGGAGUGGGACAUAGUGCUACUUAUCGACAGUUCAUGGAGUGUGGGCAGGACUAACUUCAGGCUGAUCAAGAACUUCCUAGGGGGGAUACUCAGCCCGCUGCAUAUCUCCCGGGACAAGAUUCGGAUAGGGGUCUCCCAAUACAGCGGGGAGCCACAGACAGAAUGGGAUCUAAACACCUAUUCAUCUAAGGCCGAAGUGUUGGAGGCGGUGAAGAGACUGAAAUACAGAGGAGGAAAUACUUUCACUGGUUUGGCUCUCACUCAUGUAUUGGAAGAGAAUCUCAGGGCUGCGGCUGGUGCCAGGGAACAAGCUGGCAAAGUGCUGAUCCUACUUACAGAUGGGAAGUCCCAAGAUGAUGCCAUCACAACAGCACAGAUCUUGAAAGAGGCUGGAAUCUAUAUCUUCACUAUUGGUGUCAAGAAUGCUGAUGAGGCAGAGCUGAGAGAAAUGGCUUCGGGGCCCACAGAUCUGACUGUGCACAUAGUGGCUGAUUUCCCCCUGCUCAGCUCCUUGGUGGGACAUGUCUCACGCGCUCUCUGCGUGAGGCUGAAGGUGAAGAGGAGAGAAGAGGAGUUGGGGGCCCAUAGUGUGGCCUUGCAGGAACUCAUUGAUCCUCACCCCAGUCCCACUCAGCUGGUGGUCUCAGAUGUGACAGCCAAAACCAUGCGCCUCUCCUGGACCCCUCCACAUCAUCAAGUCCGCAAAUAUCGUAUUGUGUAUUACCCAUCACGGGGAGGGACACCCCAAGAGGUGGUGUUAGAUGGAUCGGCCUCCUCUGCCGUCCUUACAAACUUGACCUCUCGUACAGAUUACCUAGUGUCUGUCUUCCCCAUUUAUGGCAGUGGCGUUGGCUCUGGUCUGAGGGGCAUCACUUCCACCUUACCUCUGCCUGCGCCCCGCUCUCUGUUGGUGGAGCACGUUACAGACACCACCAUAGCGCUCCGCUGGCACGCCUCCGAAGAAGCUGCUCAGUACCUGGUUCUCUGCGCUGCUCAGUCUGACCCAGGAGAGAAGGUGAAUGAGGUAAAGGUGGAAGGCACUGAGGUGCUGCUGACUGGUCUGGUGCCCAACACUCUCUAUAGUCUGACCGUGUAUGCAGUGUUCGGAGAUGAAACCAGUGACCUCUCUUCCCUACAGCAAAUCACUGAGCCGCCCAGCCCACCCCAUGAUCUGCGCUUCUCUGAAGUCACUCACAGCAGUGUCACUGUGCACUGGCAGUCACCAUCAUCUGAGAGGAAGCCCCAUCGUGUCUCCUACUUUCCUCACACAGGCAGCUCGGUGCACCCAGAGGUUGAAGUGCCUGAGGAUGCCUCAUUCGUAACCCUGAAGCCGCUGAUCUCUCAGAUGUUAUACUCAGUCACUGUGACUACCUGGCAUGGAGGGGCCAUCACUGGAAAUGUGACAACGUUGAAGGUUCCGCCCCCAACUGGGCUGAGUGUGACCCAUCUCUCCGGAGACAGAGCUAAAGCAACAUGGGAUCAAGGGGAACCUGAUGUCACCUCUUAUUUGAUCAAGUGGAUGCCCCUGAGUGGGGGCAAACUGAGCCAGGUGUCUGUGCCCGGUGGACAAAAAACAGCUUUACUGUCCGGGAUGGAGUACAACACAGAAUAUCAGGUCUCCAUUUCAGCGCUGUAUUUGGACGGGGCCCUCAGUGAUGCCUCUUCAGGGAGGUACCGUACAGAGGUUCUCCCUGGGAAGCUGCCGGCAGAACAUGGUGCGUUGUUCCCAGUUAUGUCAGAUGGGACGUGCCCCCGUGUGCAGAUGGAGGACGGUGCUGACGCUGUUAUGGGGUACAACAUGAUGGCAGCAUUCAGCCUGGAUGAGAAGCGUUACGCGUCUGUGAGUGGAGUCUCCAUCGGUGUCUUUGUCUUGGGUGGCGCUAAAAUUUAUACCCUUUCUGAAUCUGCUGAGCUGACCAUCUGGACCAGAGACUUCCAUCCCAGCGGGAUCCCCCCAGAACAUACUCUCAGCUUCCUGCUCCGCUUGCCUCCAUAUAUGGCUCGGGAGCCCUUCUCUAUUUGGCAGAUCACAGAUGAAGAUUUCCAGCCAGUCCUUGGAGUUAUUCUAAACCCAACUGAAAAAUCAUUGACUUACUUCAACCCCGGCACUGAGGGCAUCAUCCAGCAGGUCACCUUCCUACAGCAUGAGGUGCAGCGCAUUUUCUAUGGGAGUUUUCAUAAGGUACAAGUGGCAGUUGGUAGAGGGGCUGUCCGUCUGUACAUUGACUGUCAGAAGGUUGCUGAGAAGACCAUUAAUGCCAUGGGCCAUGUGACCACCAGAGGGUUUGAGAUGCUGGGGAAGCUGACAAGAACUAGAGGCCUGAGGAGCGGUUCAGCAGCAAUGCAACUCCAGUCCUUCUGGAUCAUCUGCAAUGAGGACUGGCCAGAAAGAGAUACCUGCUGUGAUGUCCUAGGGAAGAGAGAUGAAAGCACCUGUCCUGCUCCCCCUGCCUUCUGCACUUGCAGUUCAGAAGUACCUGGCCCCCCAGGCCCACCUGGGCCCCCAGGACCUGCAGGACUGAGAGGCGCUAAGGGCGAACAGGGACAUCCUGGGCCAAAGGGUGAACCAGGGAAUCAUGGCCCCUGGGGACUUGAUGGUCCUGGAGGUCAUAUGGGCUCACCUGGCCUACAAGGGAUGUCUGUUACUGGACCAAUGGGCCCCCCAGGACUUAAAGGAGAAAAAGGGGACACAGGAAUUUCUGGUCUGCAGGGCCUGCCUGGUCCAGAAGGAAUAUCGGGGAGAGAUGGUGUCAUGGGACCCAAGGGCAUACGGGGAGUGGAGGGGACUACAGGGCUUCCUGGUCCACCUGGCUCAAGGGGAUUACAGGGCAUCUCGGGGAUCAAAGGCUCCCCAGGAGAUAAAGGACCAGUUGGAGCAGUGGGACCUACAGGUCUUCCAGGAUCUCGAGGAGAGAAAGGAGAGAAGGGGGAGCCCCAAUCUGCAGCCACAAUCUACCACUUAGUUAAUCAGGUGUGUGAAAGACUCAUUCAAGCUCACAUGAUGAAACUGGACACUGUUGUUGGGGAGCGUGAGAGACAGCCAGUCCCUGUGUGGGAUGAGCAUCUAAGGAGAGGAGAACCAGGCCCUCCUGGUUUGCCUGGGCCUCCUGGAGAAAGAGGGGAGGCAGAUAUCAUUGAUGCAUCAGGGCAGUCGGCUCAGAACGGAUACCCUGGGGAGCGAGGUCCCCCAGGAACAGAGGUAUUUGGGAAACCUGGGCCUGUUAGCUCCCCUGGUAUGCAAGGUCCCUCAGGAGCCCCUAGAAGUUUUGGACAACAAGGACCACCUGGGCUGCCUGGAAUCUGUAACCCCUCCACAUGUAAUGUAGCAGACACAGGGGGUUUGGUGGACCUCAUACCCUAAAAUGUACAAAGACUCAUCACAUCAGGUGGAAUAACCAGGUGCGGUGCCUUUAUCUCGUGGCUCUGGACAUUUUAGCCCAGAGACUUGUGCCGCAGUUAUAGAUGGGAAAAAGUGGGUUCUGUAUCACUGGCUCAGUUUCAGGUUACAGUUCUGUAUCUUCAUUUCUUUAUCAAUGGGCAAACCCAGGGUGGCACCUGGCAGGGAGUGUUUAGGAACAUGGGCAAUAUUUCUCUAUGGGCACCAGCCCUGGGCAUUAGUCUACCAACUGCCUGGAUUAUAGUUGAAAUUGAAUUCUAUGCAACUGUAUGCAGUAUUAAUCUGUAAAUGUAAGCUCUUGUGAGCAAAGCCUUUUUAUUAUUAUUGUGUCAUUGCUUGUUUACCCAAGCCAUUGUAUCUGCUACCUACAUACAGCAAACUUUAUAAACAGACAUUUAUAAUGA